AUGCUGCUGCAUACAUCCACCACCGACAGCAUCCCUAAGAGCCCUUUGCCAGAACGAGCUUCUGUAUGCCGCUGUGCUCAUGCCCAUGGAGCUCCACUUCGUGCAUUGACUGGCAAGCAGCUGGGUGCUGUAAAUGUCGAGCUCCCGUGGCUUGACCCUGAGCAGAAACUUCGCAGCUGCCGAUCAAGUGUGCUUCCUGUCCAACCCUCAGAAUCUGGACAUCGCAACUCGCAACCAUGCUGUCCAGAUCUGUCCAGUAUCGCAACAUCGCCUUUCCAUGUCGACUUGCAGAGCAUGCCAGCACACGGCAGCAUGAUCAUGGUUGCAACAGAAAACACUCCAAUUCACACGCGCCUGUGGUGCGUUUUUGAAGCCCACAUGGCUCAGGGCCAUCGCAUUCCGAUUACCUUGGUUGGCUGUCCAGCUAGCCUCGCCGCUGACUGCUCUGCAGUGGUUCGCCGCAUUGAGGCCGAAGCCAGCUUUGCGGUCCAGGCAGACAAUUUUGUUGCCGGUGCUCCGCCUGAUGCUUGUGACAGCUGCUGUCCCUCCCUGAAAGGGCGGCGUGAGGCCGCUUGGGCAGCGCAGGAAGAGAAGUGGCGUCGAAGCACUCCAGAGCAACUGUGUGCUCAACUGGUGGCAUUUUGCGCCAUGAUGAUUUGCAUGAGCGGCGUGGUGAUCGGAGUGCUUGUGUGGGCGGCAACCUGCGCCAAGGUCUCGGUUCACCAAGGCCAGCGACAGAGCCAUGAUGACAUGGGCGAAACCCCCGCAUCUUGUGAGGACUUUAUCCUAAUUGUCCCUCAGCUGCGAAGACUAGCUCAGGGAGUCUUUGCGAGGGUUUCAAUUGAGUUUAACGAGUGCAUUUAG